AUGUCAAUAGGAUUGAAAUUACGGCGGUGUGAGGAGUUUGAUGACAUAGAAGCAAAAAUCAGAAUGCUCACUCCAGACCAGCCCAGGACACAUCCGGAAGACUCCUCAGGGCAAAAUUCACAAGAUGACAAGGUAACUCAACAAAGUGCCGAACAGCGGGAACUGUGCGAGCAGCAGAAAAUGAAUAUCGUUGAGAUGGAGCGGGUAAUAGUUCAGGACAUUAAGAAUCAGAUCAGCAGAUCAGACCCUGUACACUGUUCUUUCAAAUAUUCCAUGCACUUUUACGAGGAAAUGGAGCAGAAGUUCAAUACUCACCAAUUAAAAUCAUAUGGUGAUCCAAAAAAGAAAACAAAACAAACUGUAACACUUUUGAAGAAGAACUUUGCUAAAAAUUCCCCUUCCCAUCGGAUCACUAUUAUAAGGAGAAAAGGACAAGAAACCGUCAGAAACAAAAAAAAAGCUCCGAAGAAGUUGCCAUGCUCGGCGGAGAAUGCUGAGCAGAAGAUAGAGGGGCUUGAGAGGGAGGUCGAUAUUCUGAAAAUGGAGAAAGAACAACUAAAAAAAAUUGCCAACUACUCUUCUUGCAAUAAAGUUGGAGAACUAAAGCGCUACUUGGCUAUAAAAGAUGACUACAUGGAGUAUUUAGGAAAGCAGUGCGACGAGUUUGACGAAUUGGAGGUAAAGUAUAAACAAGAAAUGUACAAAGAGAGAGAUCGUUUGAAAGCGCAAACUGACGCAUCCAAUGUGCCUGUGGCACCCGUCCUCGCUGAAAAAACUUGUCUACUUGAUGCUUAUGGAAAGAGGCUACCUGACGAAGAAGAAUUCGAUGAAAGAUCUGACAAAGACCACGCAUUCAAAUCUGCACCGUCUUCACCAACGCCGUCCAAAUCGUUUGACUCAAUUGCGGGUCCAGCACUUGAGGAAUCCACCACAGAACUUGCAGCAGUUACUCCCAACCGUACGCUUCACUUUACCUUGUACAAAUGA